AUGGAACAACUUCAGGAUCCAGUUGUGCAAGAAGAUGAAAAUAUUAAAGCUAUUAAUGAAGAGUACAGAAAGGCCUUUAUAUUUGUCAAUAAAGGACUGAAUACAGAUGAGCUGGGUCAGAAGGAAGAGGCACGAAGUUACUAUAAGCAAGGGCUUGACCACUUGCUCCGAGGACUCAGCAUUCCAUCACAGGGCCCUGCAUGUGUAGGGUCUCAGUGGGAGUCUGCCAGGCAAAUGCAACAGAAGAUGAGGGAGACCCUCCAAAAUGUUUAUGCUCGACUUGGCCUUCUGGAGCAAAACACUCCACCAGUACAAGCAAGUCCUGCUGUGAUGGAUGCCCCUGCUGGGGAGCCCAAGUUGUACCCAUCCAUUCCUUCCAAAGAAAAGCCAGAAAGACCCCCAGCCCCCAAUUCUCUGGUUAUACCAAGUCAACCACCUGCAGCAGAUGGAAGUGUUGCAGCUGUGAGCCAGGGGCCAAUUCCAGCUAUGAGUCCAUCGUCUGCAAAACCUCUUUGUCCUCCAAAUGAAGCACCUCCUGCUUAUACUCCUCAAGCUACCAAUGGCCAUUUUACUGUGUCUUACGGCACAGACUCUGGGGAGUUUUCUUCUGUGGGUGAGGACUACUACAGCAAGUGUACUCAGCCACCUCCCCUUCACAACCUGGGAGUGGAUGUAGAUGAGCUGAUCUUGAUUCCUCAAGGAGUACAGAUAUUCUUUGUGACUCCUGAUGGGCAAGUUAGUGCCCCUUCAUAUCCUGGAUAUCUACGCAUUGUGAAGUUCUUGGAUACAGAUGGUGAGACAGCCCAGAAUCUUCCACCUGCUUUUCUUCAGGUUUGUGACUGGUUGUAUCCUCUGUGUAACCAGUCUCCUGUUCUGUGCUGCAAUACUGGAGUCUACAUGUUCCCUGACACAAUAUCCCAGAUACCAGGGUCUUACGUGGGAGUAGUGCUGUCUUCAGAACUUCCAGCAGCUGACAGAGAGCUGUUUGAGGAUCUCUUAAAACAGAUGUCUGACCUUCGAAUCCAGGUGCCAGGAUCCCAUGAGAGAGUAGGGUUAUCUUCACAGCUCCCAGCAACUGAGAGAGCGCAUUUUGAAGAUAAAUUUAAACAGAUGUCUGUCCACAAAGUCCAGCCUCCUGAAGCCUCUAGUGAUGCAGUUAACUUGCCUCAGACUGUACAUAUCCAACCACAACCUGAAGGAGCAGAAAAUCAAAAAGAGUUACCAGAAUGGAGUGAGAAAGUUGCCCAUGGAAUCCUGACAGGUGCAUCUUGGGUGAGCUGGGGCCUUAUAAAAGGAGCAGAGUAUACUGGUAAAGCUAUCCACAAAGGAGCUUCUAAACUGCGAGAACACAUUCAACCAGAAGAAAAACCUCUGGAAGUCAACCCAACUGUAGCAAAGGGACUUCACGUAGCAAAACAGGCUACUGGAGGAGCUGUGAAAGUCAGCCAAUUCUUAGUUGAGGGAGUAUGUUCUAUAGCAAGCUGUGUUGGAAAGGAGCUGGCACCACACGUGAAGAAGCAUGGCAGCAAAUUAGUUCCAGAAUCCCUUAAGAAAGAUAAAGAUGGCAAAUCUACUUUCGAUGGUGCUCUGGUGGUAGCAGCAAGUGGAGUUCAAGGAUUUUCAACAGUGUGGCAAGGUUUAGAAAGUGCAGCGAAGUGCAUUGCUAAAAGUGUUUCAACUGAAACUGUAAAAACUGUCAAACACAAGUAUGGAGAGGAUGCUGGCGAUGCUACAGACAACGCUAUGAAUUCUGCAAUCAAUCUUGGUAUGACAGCAUUUAACAUCGAAAAUAUGGGUAUCAAAGCUGUUGUAAAGAGAACUGCAAAGGAAACAGGCCAUGCUGUGUUAGAUGAAUAUAAAGUAUUGGAUAAUGAGAAGAAGGAUAAAAGAAAGCAGUAAUAUACUUUUCAAAGCCUUACAUUACAGGUGAAACUUCCUACUUAGAAGUAACUACAUUGCUAAUUUACAAUUAACUUUAACAAAAGUUAAAUUAACAUAAAUAACACUGUACUUUUCAAGCAACUGUUACUUAAUUGAAAAUGUAAAUGUAGGGAGAGCAUUUGUAGAUGGAAAAAUGAGGUUGAUUUAAGUCCUUGAUCGGUAUCGAACAAGGUUUUUAAACAACUGGAUCAGGUGUUUACACAAUUGGAAGGAUAUGUUUGCAGUUAAUAAGCUUGCCUCUAAGCACUUUUUCAAAAUAUAAU